ACCGCCCCAGGCCCAACAGAAAUGCAGUGAAACGCACAACCCGAAAGACCAGCAACACCAGCCAGUGUACCCUCCACUCCACCCCGGCGGACUGCGAGGGCCGCGGUUCCCCGCCAUCAUGGACAAUCAAUCAUUACGAUCGAAGGCGUCGGAGGCCACCCUUCUGUCGCUGAUGGAGCUCGACCCGGCGCCCAUGGACCCCCCAGACACGAACAAGGACCUCCCACCGCUCCCGCAACAGCCCGACGGGCCAGCCGCCGGCUCGACACCGUCUCUCCCGUCCUCUUCUCCUUCCACCACCGCUCUCGGCCUAAGUGGGAGCGGCCAUGGAGCCAUCUACUACCUGACCCGCAUCCAGCGCUACUCGUCCUACACCUUCGGCCUCUUCGGCGCCCUCCACCUCGCCACGACCUCCCUGAUCCCCCUCGCGGCCCGGUCCGUGCCCGCGUCCGAGUCGUACCUGCUGCUCGCCCGCGAGAUCUACCAGACCCCGCUCUCGGAGCCCCUCCUGGUCUUCCUGCCCGUGCUGGCCCACGUCGGCUCCGGCGUGGCCCUGCGCCUGGUCCGCCGCGCCCAGAACCGCCGCCGCUACUACGGCGACAAGCCCCCGCCGUCGCUGCCGCUGCCGCUGCCUUUGCCUUUGCCUUCCCCUUCUUCCGCCACCGCCGCCGCGGCGCGGUACUCGGGCUGGCCCCCGCUCAGCAACAUCUCCCUGUCCGGGUACGUCUUCGCCGGCGCGCUGGCCGCGCACGCGUGGAUGAACCGGGGCCUGCCGCUCGCGGUGGAGGGCGACAGCGCCAACAUCGGCCUCGCCUACGUCGCGCACGGCUUCGCCCGCCACGGCGCCGUCUCCUGGCUCGCCUACGCCCUCCUCCUCGGCGCCGGCUGCGGCCACAUGGUCUGGGGCUGGGCCAGGUGGGUCGGCCUCGCACAGGGCGCCGGCUGGGUGCUCGACCGCCCGACGGGGAACCGGGCCGUCGACCGCGCCGCCAAGAAGGCGCGCCGGAGGAGGCUGGUCGCCAUCAACGCCGUCGCCCUCGCCGCCACCGCGCUCUGGGCCGCCGGCGGCCUCGGCAUCGUCGCGCGCGGCGGGCCGACCUUGGGCUGGGUUGGGACGCUCUAUGACGGACUCUAUAGCAAGGUGCCCGGCUUUUGAAGGGCCGCGGUUGUUGUUUUUUUUUUUUGUCUUGUUUAGAGAGGAGGAUGAUACAGUGAGACUGGAUCCAAGCGGGUGCUUCUUGUUGUUGUUGAUGGUGGUGGUGGUGGUGGGCGCACGGUGGUCAGAGGUGACUUGUUUGGAGGAUACCCCGAUUCAAGGCGGCGGUGCAGCAGCCUGUGCGACAAUUGCGUUGCAAUAGGCUUAUCAUACUCAUUAUCAUAGCAUAGCGAUCGAGCUUACCUAGCGUGCAUGGGCGGCGUGGCAGACUACAGAGCGCAAUGUGACUUAACAUCGAGAUUCACUUCCAUGAUUCUGUCCGAGACUCCCAAUACGCAUGUUUAGGUAUUUAGCUCACCAGUAUUCCAGCCACUCAGGAGAUUCCUCUUGUAUUGUCAGCUCCUCGAUGGCUAAGUAUACCUAAAGUACCUAACUAGGCAGUACAAUGCCAUACGACAGCUUGAAUAUUCUACGCCGGAGAGGAUUAGUUUUUAGAUCAUGGCCUGUUUAAUAGUGGUCCCGGCAAUCUGGGAGCUCAUACGUCUCGG